AUGUCACACAGGGAACUGUUGUUGCACGUGGAACACGUCAAGUAUCGGAUGUCUGGUGCCGCGAGAUCACCGGUUGGCAGUUUCUAUGUUUAUGAGGAUCGUGUGGAAUGGCUCGAUAGUGCAUCCGAAGAAAAACUGGUCAUUCUGUUCAGCGAUAUUCGAGGUAGAAUUUUUGAUGAGCCCUCAAUUAACAGGUCGCUACAGCUCGAUUUACAGGGGUUUGACCUUGAAAAUUUUUUGGUAUAA